UAAACUGUAAAUGUUUGGACAUGAUAUUGAAUGAAAAUAGAGAUGAACUUCUAGGAGAAGUCAUGCACAGGAUAUCAAGUGAAAGCGAUAGCAUUGUUGACGAUUUCUUGGAAGAAAAUCUCCUUUCUAUUGAGGAUCAUCAAGAAAUAUCGGCUGAGAAAAAGAAAUCCAAAGCAGCUAUUUUGCUUCUAAAUCUUAUAGCCAAAAGAUUACCAGGAUCAUAUCUUAAAUUGCUUUCAAUUCUGAAAAAGCAUAAAAUAAACAAUCUUGCAGAGCGUCUUUUGAAAGAGAUAGACAGGACUGGCUUGGAGAAAACAGAAAAUGAAGAAGAAUUGAAAGUGGAAUUUGUGGGUGGUGACGUGCAUUUUUCCAUGAUAGCUCCUCAAAUGGAAAUACAGAAAAUAAAAAUGAUAAUCUCUGGUGUUGAUGGAAAUGAAAGAGUUCUUGAGAAAGUGAUAAAAGAAAUCCCAAACUCGGAAGAAUUGUUUGCUCAAGGAACACACUUUACUUUUGAUAAAACAUCUUUAGGAUCUAUUAUAAUUGUUCUUCAAACGGAGUCACCUUACGCCAUUGCAAAGUUAAAACAAUUCAUAGAAAAAGAGGGUAUCUGCAGAUUUUUAGCACACCUAUUCGAAUCUAGAGAUGUUCGAACACUUUUGACAAAAGAAAAGUACAACAUUGAAGUUCAGAUCAGAGAAGCACACGAACGAACAGAUCCACCUUCUGAUAUUCUGAAAUCAGCUGAUGGUCCAAUACCUGAGAUUACACAUAGGUCCCUUUUGGAGAGAUGUUACAGCUUCCUUCUAGAGGAACUUGAGCCGCAAUGUUUACUAAAAGAACAAGAAGUUGCUGAUAUUUUUGGUUCAGUUAUUGAAAUGUUCUACCAGCCGGGUUUGAGAACAAUGAAAGCUGAAGCCUUCUUGAAAUAUUUGAAAGAUCAAUCCGAUGAGAAAAUUGGAGUUGUUCUAGAAAAACUGAAGGAGAAAAAUAAACAUAUUUAUGACCAACUUGUUCCAGAUACAUCGAAAUAUCGGGAUAUUGACAUUGAACAAGUCAAAGGAAAUAUUUUGGACAAUUUACCGGAGCUACUGGAUAUA